ACCCUCACCCGCCAUGUACGGAGCCGCCGACACGCGCAGGCCGCAGCAGCAGCAGCAGAGGCAGAGACUUUCCCUUGUCUUCGCGCUCAUCGCCGCUGCUCUUGUCUCCUGCAUCGGCAUCAUCGCCUAUGCCAAGCACUCCAACGCUCUGGCCCCCGUCGAGACCUUCCAGAUGACCAAGCUCGGAACUGAAUACCAGGUUGCCUCUGCUCUCAUGAAGCACGCCACCGACAUUCAGUUUGACGAGAACGCUCCUGUCCCUGAGAAGUUGGCUGAUCUUGCCAAGGCUGCUGAGGAUGAGAUGAAGAUCGAUGCGGAGGUCAUGGCCCAGCGCCGAUAAGCUAGUUACUCUUUCUUGACGGAUAGUUGUCAGUCACACUGUAGAUUUCCGUGUUUUUUCUUGAGGAAAUUGGGAAAAUUCAGAA